AUGAAGGACGUGAGGAGCUUGCUGCUCGUGACACUGGUACUCCAUUCUGCAGAGAUCCUGUCAGCGGGGACCUAUGAUACGCUACAUCACAGCCUUGUCCUAGAGAUGCUGAUCAACGAUGCUUCAAAGGGCUCGGAGCUGGCAGCAAGGGCUAUGGAGUGGUCAGCUUCGGUGACUUUGGAUGGACAUAACAUGCAGCAUGUGGUGGAGGAGUCGACUGUGCGACGAGAGUUUGCAGUGAGACGGAUGUACCGCGAUGUUUUCUUCCAGUGCGCGAUCUCCAACGUCAAGGUCGUCGUCAACGAAGCUGCAGUUCCUCAUACGCAAGAAGUCUUGAGCAGCAACGACAACCCUGGGCUGUCCGUUUGCAGGCUGGCCAUCGAUGCUUGGCCUGAAGACGUAGUAGCGAUCAGGGAUUUGAACAUCAAGAUCUCAUACACCUUGGAAUUCGGCGUGCACGGCAUGAAAGACGGAACCUUCAUGUCGGCCAUCGCGCUGCCCUCCUGCUCCUUCUCGUACUGCCCCACCUACACUUCAGUCAAGGUCGUGUUCCUGGUCCCUGGUCUUGUCAAGGCCGAUUGUUACGCAGCGAAACCUGCUGGACAGCUCCUUCCUGCUGAUGCCUCCGGCAUCCCAACGACCGUAGAGACUCUGGCGGACCAGUCGGGUCAAGUGACGGUGACUCAAUCGCUUGCCAUGGAGCCAGCGACUCCUCCCAGCCCUGUUUCUCCAUGGCAGACUCCGCCCCCCCUAUGGAUCGCCUUGGUCGGCCAAUCCAGCACAGUGAAAGGAUCGACGACCUGGUGCUUCAACCCCGGAUCAGGUCUCAUCGCCAUUGCCGACGGUCACGAUGGCAGAAAUGCGGGUGGUGGUGGGGGGGGGCAGAGUGGAUCUUCGGGGCCUCAGCAGAGCACGCAGUCAGGCCCAGGAGGGAACGCACAGACGUCCUCCAGUCCCUCCGGCACCUCCGGCACAGAUUGCUCGCCAUGUCCUACUGGCCAGUACGCCUUGCAGACGUGCUCGCAGCUGGUCAGCAGGAUAUGUACUGCUUGCGCUUCGUGCAACCCAGGGAUGUACAGAAGGGGAUGCGGAGGAAGUGAAGCGGGGGAAUGCGUCCCUUGCCCGAGCGGUUCAUUUGCUUCUAACUCGGCCUACCGCACAGAGUGUUCUCCAUGCAGGGCGUGUGGGAGGGAGGAGUAUGCCAGAGGCGAGUGCACAACCACCACGGACAGCGUCUGUGCAGCAUGCAGCAGCUUGACGUGCGAGGCGAGGAAGGUGAGGCGAGGAUGCGGACUAGGGGAGCAAGGGGAGUGCGAGACGGACUGGGACGCUGUGUUCAACGCGUUUGUCAACUCCACCAUUGCAAGUGGGAGGGAUGCGCAGAGGGCGCUGGGGGCGAUACCAGGAGAUAACAGCAGGAGGAGCAAUUUCUGGAGGGAGUUCGUGGCUGCUAUCAACUCAUGGCUGCUCCCUAUGCUGCUCUUCAUCUGUUUCUUUCUCCUGAUCUGCUCGAUCUACUUCUGCUGCUUCGCGCCCGCGAGGAGGAUAUCGUCAAGAACUUCUCCUCCCUACUCCAAGUACGGCACUACUGCUUCCUUCCGGCUGCCGCUGUCAGGAUACAAGGAGGAGACGGCCGUCUCCGUCACUGUCCUUGACCAAGUGCCUCUCUCUGCCCAUGAAGGAGCUCUGUGA